AUGGCUCGGAACGGGACUGGGACCCACACAGCUGUUCCUCAGAGCACCUACCUGGCCGCUGUGCACUGGGGGGUGGGCUCCCGGAACAAGGCCCCCCUCUUCCAGCCUCACGUUCCGAGUGAGGGAGGGACACCGCUCACCGCGUGGGAGAGCGGAGAACUCUUUGUUGGGGCUCAUUGUUCCCGGGAGGGUGCGCGGAGGCUGCGCGGACACACUGCAUCCUGGCGCGGUUCGCAGGCAGCUUCCCCAGCUCUCCCCUUCCCCCCUCUGUCCCCUCCCAGGCCUUCGCGCCGCGACCCCAUCCCAGCCCGCGGCCGCGGCCCCGCCCGCGCGAUCCGCCAGCCCUUCUUCCUCCUCCUCCAACCCUUCCUUCCCCGCCCGCCGGCUCCCCAUCUGCGCCUGGUGGUGUGCGCACGCGUGUCCGGCGCGUCCCCGCCCCACCCGGCCCGGCCCGGCCCGGCCCGGCCCCCGCCUCCCAGCAGGCGGACUGGCCCGCUCGCAGCCCGGCCCCGCGCCCGGGACUGGGACCAGUCGAGUGCAGCGCCAGCCCGUGCGCCCGCCGCGCGCCUAGCGGAUCUCGGAGCCGCGCGGAGCCGCCCGCCCGCCCCGCCCCACCCUCCCGGAACUCCAGCCCUUUCCCAGACGUGCCUGCUGGGAUGGAGGAGGCUGGCCAGAGCAGGGAGGAGGUUUCUGCUCAGACGCCUUCCAGCCCUGGCUCUAGAAGCCCCUCGGGGUGCCCACUUUGUAGUGCUGCCGAGCCGAGCCACAGGUUGA